AGAGUUGUAGCGCCAUAAAAAUUUAGUAGUAGAGUCAACAGUGCCCGUAAAUGGACUGGAUUCUGUAUGAGAGAUCCGACCCGAUCCAUUGAUAGUGGCACACCCAACGUCCACCGAUUCAGAGCUCUAGUCACUUCCAGAGGCGUUAACCUCACCAAUUUAUCAAGUAAGGUAAGGAGUUAUCGAUUGUGCAGAUGAUCAUGUUAUUUAUGCAAUAGAGCCUCCUAACGAACCAAAACAAAAAAAAAGUGCGGGUGUUUAACCUGUCCCGGAGGGCCGGAGUCGACAAGCAUGCUCGCCGUUUCUCAAUAACCUUAACUGUUUCCAGUCUCUACCAAACAAAAUUAUCUGCGCACCUGCGAUCAUGGGAAGCUUCAGGAAAGCUAAGCUCGCGAUCGGCGCUUUUUCAAGUAUAGCUCCGAAAAUCAUUCCCAGAGCUCCAUUUCAAGAGUCUACUUCGAGAAUCUUCCAAAAUGGGUCUUCACACUCUUCUUCUAAUCCAGCUAAGUUUUCUGGCUUCUAUCCAUAUUCUUCUAUUUCUCAGAGAUUUGGACUAGGUCUUCAAAUGGGUAUUAAAAGAACAGUAAAUUAUAAUAAUAAUCCAUUUCGCGGCGGUGGUGUUGGUAAGAGAUUUUACUAUGUAGACCGAUCCCAGGUAUACCAUUUUAAGCCGAGAGGCCCUAGCAGAUGGUUUCAGAAUCCGAAAACUGUACUGAUCGUUAUUUUGGUGGGUUCUGGUGCUUUUGUCACUAUCUAUUUUGGUAAUUUGGAGACUGUGCCUUACACAAAAAGAAAACAUUUUGUGCUUUUAUCUAAAUCCAUGGAGAAAAAGCUUGGAGAGGAGCAAUUCAAGCAAAUGAAAGCGGCAAUGAAGGGAAAAGUUCUCCCUGCAAUACACCCGGACAGCGUUAGGGUCCGCUUAAUUGCAAAAGACAUAAUUGAGGCAUUGCAAAGAGCUUUAAGGCCGGAACAUGUAUGGAGCGAUUUAGAGUAUGCAUCUCCAGAGAGUGAUCUAGCAUAUGAGGGUAGAGCUCAUGAGACAUUGAAGGCACUGACUGAGAGUGAAGGGAAAACUGAAACUAAGUGGUAUAAGGAUGAUGAGAUCCUCGAUGACAAAUGGGUUCAAAAGAGUAGAAAGAAGGGUCAAGAGAGAGGAUCAAAAGCAGAAACUUCACAUUUGGAUGGGUUGAAUUGGGAGGUUUUGGUUGUUAAUGAACCUGUUAUUAAUGCUUUUUGUUUGCCUGGUGGGAAAAUUGUUGUGUUUACUGGGUUGCUUGAACACUUCAGAACUGAUGCAGAAAUCGCAACAGUUAUUGGACACGAGGUUGGGCAUGCUGUUGCUCGACACGUUGCAGAAGGGAUCACAAAGAAUAUGUGGUUUGCCAUCUUGCAACUUAUUCUUUAUCAGUUUAUCAUGCCUGAUCUAGCCAACACGAUGUCUACUCUAUUUUUGAGACUUCCUUUCUCCCGGAGGAUGGAAAUAGAGGCAGAUUAUAUUGGGUUAUUAUUGAUGGCUUCUGCUGGAUAUGAUCCUCGAAUUGCACCUAAAGUGUAUGAGAAAUUGGGGAAGAUCGCUGGUGGUUCAUCAUUGCAAGAUUAUCUUUCUACUCAUCCAUCUGGAAAGAAGAGAUCUCAACUGCUGGCUCAAGCUAAAGUGAUGGAGGAAGCACUUAACAUCUACAGGGAAACACUAUCUGGACGAGGGGUCGAAGGCUUUCUUUAGAUUACCUCCAAACGCACAAUCAUUACAGUUAGAAGCAAUACUUGCUGGAAAGUUGCUUAGUCUGUUAUUUAUAUAAAUUCUCCAGUCACCUUUUCUUGUACCCGGCAGAAAAUUUAUCAUUAUAAUACAAAUGUAACAUGGGCACUGCGGCUACAGAAAUUUUUUCUUUUCCUCUCAAUUGAGUCUGUUUUCUUGGGAAUUUGUUCUUUUGUCCUCUUAACAUAUGUUUUCUUAUUGGCGCUUUCUGUAUUA